GAUAUAGUCUCCCCAUGACAGGCAUUAAAUGUGUGUUGCUGUUACUGUGAAAAUAAACUCACAUCAGACAACUCUCAUAAAAUAAUCUAGUCAUAUAGAAUAUAAUUUCGUAAUUAUAAUGGUUUAUUUUUUCUCUUCUCUGUUGGUUAUUCUAUUUACCGUGCUAUGCUAUGUGUGAUCCUCUGUCCUUUCCUUAGCUGGCAAUCUGGGUUCCAAAAAUCUGUCACCAUUCCAAAGCGAUGCGUCUUCGUAUGGCGAGCAGAGAGCGGAGAGAGAUAUUUAGAGCGAGACAUAUUUAUUUCACCACUGCCGAAGAGAAUACCGCAGCUAUUAAUAAAUAAAUAACGACGUAGUAAAACUGUUUGACUGUAUGACAAGAUCUCCUCUGACUUCUACUAAAGACACGAAAUAGCCUGACUCAAGCAUGUAAUAUCGGUCUCAAAUCACGUUAAUAAAUAAUGCGGGUGUGAGUAACAUAUACUGUAAACGAAGGGAGAAAUCAGGGAGGAUAGCGGAGGGCCAGUGGUAAGCGGCUCACCACUACGAGCCUGUCGUCUGUGCCAGACCAAAGGCGGGGAGAGCGGGCCGAGACAGCAACAUGUCGAACCGAAAACAUCGGGACAACCAAGAGAUAUGCGCCCGCAAGGUCCGGGAGUUGGCCCAGGCUGGAGUAAACAAACACUGCUUCGAGUGCAGUCAACCCGGGGUGACUUACAUCGAUAUCACCGUGGGCUGCUUCGUUUGCACGUCGUGCUCUGGAAUGCUGAGAGGACUCAACCCUCCCCACAGAGUCAAGUCUAUCUCCAUGACAACCUUCUCCCAACAGGAAGUGGAGUUUUUGCAAAACCAUGGCAAUGAGGUGGGGAGGAGGACUUGGCUGUGUGUCUUUGAGCCAAAGACAGAUGCAUGCUUCAACACAAGGGACUCACAGAAGCUCAAAGAGUUCCUCCAGGACAAAUACGAGAAGAAGAAAUGUCGCAGCAACAUGGAACUAUUUUUCAGGCAUUUUUCGAAGAACAAGAGCCGGAGGGAGGUGGAGGGACCCUGGAGCCCGCCGGGGGUGCAGGCCUUACCCUCCUCUCACGGCCCCCCGCCCGCCCAGGCCCCAUCCCACACCAUGCCCCCCUCCGCCAGGCCCAUACGCACACUGUCCCAGUCCCAGCUCUCUUCCUGGGGGGACAGAGUCCCCACCAUCUCCCCUGCGGACAUGAGGGCGGAUGUGUUUACCGCCCGUGCUCCCUCACGCUCCCAGAGCUUUAGAGACCCCCCAAUGAAAGAGUCUCUACUGAGAGGUAUAGAGAGACAACGUCCAGGCUCUCUGUCUUCAACGAUGGGACCCCAGAGCCACGCCACCUCCUUUCCUGCCCUCCCUCGACCCUCAGGUCGCACAGUGUCCUCCUCGGGGGGCUUAGCCCCCUUCAGGGCCUUCCCUAAGUCUCUGAGUGUGGAUUUUGGGGGGCUCAGCCAGCAGCAGAGUCACAGUGCACUCAGCAUCACCCCCCCAGCCCCCGGCCCAAACACACACACAAACCACCAGGACCGCUACGCUGCCCUGUCCCAACUAAACAGUGUCUUCUCUGACACGUCGCCUGGACCUACAGCACCCCCCGGUGGACUACCCCAGUAUAGCACCCUAUUUGGGAACCGCCUGUCCUCCAGUUCCACUCCUGCCAGCUCUCCAGGCGUGGAUGCUGUGUCGGGGUCUCAAACAUUUGCAAGCUUCCCCAACCCGUUCAGCUCCAGUUCCAACUCUCAGCAGCAACAGCCUGCCCUGUCCCCCAGUAACCCAUUCAACAGGUCCACCUCAGGAGGUGACUCCAGUGGGUUCGUCAGCUCUCCAACCUCAGUGUUCCCUCCGUCCGCCACCUUCCCAACUCCGGCUACCCAGAAUGCAUUUCCACACAAGCAUGCCAACAACCAGGAAGCCAAUGGUUUUGCCUCUUUCCCUGCAUCGGACUCUCAACCCAAAGUUCCUCGUCCAAUGUCAGUGAACCCAUUCACUGGGAAUGUUUACCCGAGUAGAGGAACGUCGCGAAACCCUUUCAUCUGAUACCGACGCCCCGGCUACCCCCCAACCACCCCUGGGCACAUGAAGACCAGUGAACUUUAGGAGCUGCUGCCAUUUCAAUGCCUCUAGAGUAUUUUCGCCUUCAGAGAGAGGGGAAACAUUCAUGCAGGCUCCUCUCCCCUCUACGUGUGCGUGUGUGUGUGUGUCUGUGGAGUCUCUGUACAGUAAUGUUGAUCCGUUGAAAUAACGUGUACAAGUGUGUGUGUGUGUGUGUGUGUGUGAGACCAUAUAUUAAAGGUGUUUGUAUGACAAUAGAAUCCACCUCAGGGCUCAGUGGGUGCCAUCAACAAGACACACACACACACACUUCGCUGUUUCUCCCAUGUCCCGCUUUUGUGCAACAACAGUCCCAUUCUUAAAACAGUACGCCAAAUCAUCACAUUCGGCUUGCUUUUUGGAGCCACCUCUGAAAACAGCCUUCAAAAACUAGCCAGUCCAGUCAGUCAGUGUGUAUCAAGUUACAGAAGGGAGAGAUAUCCCGCUUCAAGGCUAUGAAAGCUGAACAUGAUGACGAGCAAAAAAAUUAUGACAAGCAAAGCAUUUUUUUCCCUUUAGUGAUGGUUAUGGCAGCCUUAACAUAACAUCCUCCUAAUGCAUGUAGAUAGGAGGACAUCACAGACAAGCCUGUCUUUCCCCCCAUGUGCUGUGUGUAUGUAUGUGGAGAAGGUUUGUAUCGUUGUAUGUCCGUUUUGUCUUGAGUAUAUCAUUUGUGUUUCAGUCUCAGGCUGGAUGUGCUUGGAGGGCUUCAAAGAGGAGAUACUAUUGAAUGUAAAAAGCUAUUUUCAAAACAAAACUGUUUUAUUUCUCCCUGUAAUGGACCAAAUAUUUGUUAUUUUGGGUGAAAAUAUGGAGAUGAAAUUGAUCUCUUGCAAACAAAAGAAAGAGUUCUAUUGAGAAAGUGUUUAAUGAUGUGUCCAUGUUCAUAAAUUCAAAUAUUUGUUGCGUCUUUAAA